AUGGAUAAACUGGAACAACGAGUCACAGUCUCAAUCAUCAAUGAUCUGUUGUCACCUCAUAUUGCAGUAAUCAAUAAUUACCAAGAUUUUGCCGACAAGUUCAUUGUAAAACUCCAUAGUCACUUGAAAACAUCAGAAAUUAAUAUUAGGAAUGCUUUGCCAAUCACUGUUGAUCUUAACAAUAUUGAUGAACUGGAUAAG